AUUUCAGGUAUUUGAUAUAGAAAACUUAUAAAUUAAAUAUGAAUUACGUUCUUGGUGCCUUCCUCGUAUUUGGGGCAAUAAUGUCAGAAGCAUUUGUGACGGACAAUGGGUGUGGAAUAUUGAAAUCAUGUGUAUAUUUUCCUAUGGAAUGCGAUAUCAACUCUGAUUCUGACUGUAGAUUUACUGCUUGGUCAUUGUCAGAUGCUCCAGACUCUAUCGACAUUGAACUUCGAAGUGGAAAGCUCCCGUCAGAACCAUCAUAUAUGGCUGUUGCACUAGGAACAUCCUCCAAGAUGACAAAUGCAGACUUGUAUUUUUGCACAAAUAGUGGACUCGGAAGCGGUUUCAUCGACCAGCCAUACAACCAGCCCCUGGAACUUCCACUCGAGGAAGGUUUAACUUUGGAAAAAGUUGCUGUCGUGAAUGGAUCUCUUCAUUGCAAGUUCACUCGACCUUUGUCUGUUACAAAAACGGUUGGUGACACUGAUCGUCAAUUUAAUUUGUCUUCAACAGAAUUUCAUUUGUUAGUUGCACAAGGAAAAUUGGACGGAGGUAUCAUAUCUUAUCACGAUUGGAGAGCAUCCUCAGCAAACAAAAUCAACUUCGUUGUCAACUUUGGAGUGGAAGAAAGUUUGAAAAAUAUACCACUACCGUCCAUAAACGAGACACAGACACCAGCACCUACUACCCCAGGUUUGCCAACUACAGAAAAAGUAAAUGUGAUGGAAAGUAAAACAAUGGGAACUCCCGAGCCGGUAGAUGGAACAACAAAAAUGGCCAAAGUUGACUCGGAGUCUGAAUUAACCACUAAGAAGGCCAUGGUGCCCUCGUCACAACCACAAGUGGAAACUACAUCCAGUGGAUUCUACCCAAUGGUUAUGUCGAGCUGGUCCGUUCUCCUUGUCGCUGCUGUUUUCAUGGGGCAGAUGGCUACACUUUGAAUCAUUCGAAAUGACGAUGUUUGUGAACAGUAUUAAAAGACAAUAUCUGCCAUUGAUUUCUAACUUGUUGUACUAGGAAAAAGAUAAAAUUUGAUGUUGCAUGUGACUUUAGUUAUCUUGAAAAGAGUAAAUUUUCAUUUAAAUAUUUAGAUGUAGCACUAUCUUGCUAGACUUUGUGUGUAAGUUCUAUUCAUAAUAUUUAUAAUUUUAAAGAGCAUUUCGCGAUAAAACUAUCUUUUAGCAGAAUUAGUGGAUCAACAUAGUUCAUACUUUAUUCUCUAUGACUAGACACGUUCAAACAAUAGCAUAUACAAGUAAGUUCAGUAGUGAUUACGAAAUUAAAAGAUCAACGAAAUCAAUUUUGUCAAACAAAAUACAAAAAGCUAUCGCCCAUUUGUGGAGGCUGAAAAAACAUUAAUCUCGCUACAAUUUUGUUGUUGUCAUGGCGACUUCUUUGUUUUGCUUGGACAAAUAUUACAUUUAUCUUUUCGUCGCCUUUAUUGUUCGUUUUGAUUUUGUGCCUUUUACUGUUUUUACUAACUUCUUUCGAAUAUGAUUAAGUAAAGUAUAUCGUGAUUUAA